AUGGGACAGAUUCUAUCACAACCAAUUACUGAGAAAGACUCAGAGGAGGGUCAUGACAAAUACUUGGCAUACGGGUUGUCAAGCAUGCAAGGUUGGAGAAUCAAUAUGGAGGAUGCCCAUGCCACAGUUUUAGAUUUGAAUAAAUUUUCUGAUCAUGAUCAUGAUGAUGAUGACGAUGAUGACGAUAAAGCGAAUCAGGACGACGGUAAAAAAGAAGCACUGGAUAAAGCCGAGAAUGACAAGUCUGAUGGUAUUAAGAGUGAGUCGAAAGAGAAUAGUCAAGAAAAUGCAGACUACGUCGCGUUCUUUGGUGUAUAUGACGGUCACGGAGGAGAAAAAGCUGCUAUAUUUACUGGUGAACAUUUGCACAAAAUCAUAAGAGCCACUUCUCUGUAUAACGGAAAGGAUUAUGUCAAUGCGUUGAAACAAGGCUUUUUAGAUUGUGAUCAAGCUAUCUUGAAGGAUAUCUACAUGCGUGAUGAUGAUAGUGGGUGUGCAGCCACUACGGUACUCAUCACUCCAGACCGCAUCUACUGUGGUAAUGCUGGUGACUCGCGUACGAUUAUGUCAGUCAAUGGUGUGGCCAAGGCAUUAUCAUUUGAUCAUAAACCAUCUUUGGAAGGGGAAAAGUCACGUAUAAUGGCUGCAGGAGGAUAUGUCGAUGCAGACAGAGUCAAUGGGAACUUGGCUCUUUCGCGAUCGAUUGCCGAUUUCGAAUUCAAAAAAUCAGUUGAUCUCCCACCAGAAGAACAAGUUGUCACAUGUUACCCCGAUGUCAUCACACAUACAAUCAACUUGGACGAGGAUGAAUUUGUUGUGUUGGCAUGUGAUGGUAUUUGGGAUUGUAUGCACCCUCAACAAGUUAUUGAUUUUAUAAGAAAAGCAAUUCGUGAAGAAAAAGAUCUUGAGAAAAUUUGUGAAGAAAUUAUGGAUCUUUGUUGUUCACCAACUUCCGAUGGUUCCGGUAUAGGGUGUGAUAAUAUGUCGAUAAUUAUUGUUGCCUUAUUACGUGAUGGUGAAGGUAUUGAAGGAUGGCAAAAGAGGAUAACCGAACGAAUUGGUGACAAGGAUUUCGGGGAUUCGUUUUUGAAACCAGAACAUCCAAGGUGCGGUAGAAUCGAAGAUGGAGGCGAGGAAGAAGAACCAGAAUCCGGGGCUACUAUAUCAUUAGAGCAAUUGUUGUCAGGAAAUGCAGUAACAACGGAGAACGGGGUUGUUUACUUGGAUACAGCCUCAGCCCAGUCUUUGUUGGAGAGAUUUAAAUAG